CAGAAGUCCUUACAGUCCAGGCCCCGUUUCCCAGUGGCAGUUCCUUUUUCAGGAGGAGAAAAGUGCUCGGGAUCUUUUCAGGCAGUGAAAGGACUCGGUAUUUUGGGCGCGACAAGAUCCAAGUGAAGAGGGAGAGUGGAAAACCCCCGGAUCUGUACCGAAUUUAUUUGUUGAAAAAAAUAACAAUACUCACCAUGCAAAGGCCUUGUGAAACAAGUGAAGGAAGACCACAGAACAUGCCAAAGGCAGAGGAAGACCGUCCUUCUGAACAUGUACCACAGGAGGCAGAAGGAAAUCCUCAACCUCUGGAAGAAGGUGUAAACCAAGAGGCACAAGGAAACCUUAAUGGAGGGCCGGCUCAGCCUAGCCAGGAAUUUAAAGAAGACACUCCUGUUAGGCAUUUGGACCCUGAAGAAAUGAUAAGAGGAGUAGAUGAGUUGGAAAGGCUUAGGGAAGAGAUAAGAAGAGUAAGAAACAAGUUUGUGAUGAUGCAUUGGAAGCAAAGACAUUCCCGCAGCCGUCCGUAUCCUGUGUGCUUUAGGCCUUAAUUUUUUUUUUCUGGUCUGAUAUUGAAACUUGGCUGCUUUCUUUCUGUUAGCAUUCUUUGAUGUAUCUUUGACUUUCAUUUUACAUUUAAUUACCUGAUGAUAUUUUAAGUAGUUUUCUUGUUACAAGCAUCUCAUUGGAUUUGGGAUUUUGACCCAUUUUCCAGGUUGAUUUUGCUUUGGAAGUUUCACAUAUAUGCAUGGAAAUCUCCACUCCAUAUUGUAUAGUAAAAUCUAACAGGUUACAAUGCAGCGUAUUUAGUGUCCGCAUACAUAUGCAAGAUAAAAUUCCAAAUUGUGUGUGUGUUUGUGCGUGCAUGAGCACGUGCAUACAUACAUAUGUAUCUCAGAAACUUAACCGUGCUUAGUUCUGUGUGGUGUGAAGUUUUUGUUUUGCCUUCUGCUUAUGUGUAUUUUUUUAAAUGAACACCUGUGUCUUGCACACAAAGAAUGGAGAAUUUUUUUUUAUAAGCAAGAGUUAAAAAUUAAUUUGCAACCAGCUUGUAAGGGCAAUGGGGGCAACUAAACUCUUGAUGAAUGAGCUAUUAAAAAGAAAUGUAAACCUCUAAUUACCUCUGGAUCUCUUAGCCUGAAGAAUAAAACUGGCAAUCAUUACAUA